CUGCCGAUUGUUCAAACGGCCCAGAGCAUCUCUAUCGUCGCUAACAGAGGAACAUCUGGUCAUCAUGAAAACUGUUAACAUCCUCCUGCUCUGCAUCCUGGGAGCAGGUCUGCUGUCCACUGUCCUCUGCCAACAUGGAAGUGGUCCCAUUGAAUGCUGCUUUGAAUUCUUCAGAAACCCAGUGAACAAAAAGCUCAUCAAUUCAUAUUACAGGACUGAUCCCCGCUGCGCCACAAGUGGAGUUGUCUUAAUAACACGCAGGGCACGCCGCAUCUGUGUGGAUUCAAAGGAAGACUGGGUGCAGAAUAUUGUUGAGAAUCUGGAGAGGAAGUCCCUGUAAAGAAUCUGCCUGCUGUUCUGCUUUAUCAGUUCAUGUGAAGAACAAAGUGAACCGGCAAUGUGAUCAUGAUUUUGGUAUUAAAGCUUUUCUAUUUCAAGCAAAGAUUUUGCUUUGAAUGUACCAUCAUUGUUUGUUUUUAUAAAAAAUUCUUUUAAAAUCUAUCAAUUAUGUCUGGAAUGUUAAUUGUAGUCUUUAUUAUAGUCCUACUGUAAUGUAAUGUUUUUGCUUACUAAAU